UCACUUUUCAGGAACCCAAGCAAUGACAAUCAACCAAACAAUCCUGAAAGAAUUCAUUCUUAUAGGUUUCUCUGCUUACCCACAUGUACAGACCUUCCUCUUUGUUUUCUUCUCUUGCCUCUAUAUGCUCACUCUAAUAGGCAACCUGGCCAUCAUGGGCUUGACUUGGGUGGACAGAUCUCUCCACACCCCUAUGUACCUCUUCCUCAGUGCACUCUCCUUCUCUGAGACCUGCUAUACCCUGACUAUCAUCCCCAAGAUGCUGGUGGAUCUGCUGGACAAGGACAGGCGCAUUUCAGUCACAGGCUGUGGCUUGCAGAUGUGCUUCUUCUUGGGUCUUGGUGGAACAAACUGCAUCAUUCUCACCUUGAUGGGGUAUGACCGCUUCCUGGCCAUCUGCAACCCUCUCAGAUAUCCUCUUCUGAUGACCAAUGUUAUGUGUGGACAGCUUGUGGCCGGUGCUUGGGCUGGAGGCUUCUUGGUUUCCCUGAUAGAGACUGCACUGAUAUUCAGGGUGUCUUUCUGCAUACCUAACCUCAUCAGACACUUCUUCUGCCACAUGAGGGCAGUUGUGAGGCUGUCCUGCAUAGACAGUGACUUCACAGAAUUCAUUGUCACACUGAUGUCAGUGUUGGGUUUGCUGGGUACAUUCUUGCUCAUCCUCUUGACUUAUGUGUUCAUCCUUUCUUCUGUCCUCAAGAUCCCUUCAGCAGAGGGUAAGCAAAAGGCCUUUUCCACCUGUGCUUCACACCUGACUGUGGUCAUCAUCCACUUUGGUUUUGCAUCUAUUGUUUACCUGAAGCCGGAAGCCUCAGGGGGAGAUGAUACUCUCAUAGCAGUUCCUUACACUGUCAUUACCCCUUUCCUCAGCCCCAUCAUAUUCAGCCUAAGAAAUAGGGACAUGAAGACUGCUUUUAGGAAGAUCAUGAAAAAGACAGUAGUCUUGGAAAAAUGACCUUGUAUUAUUGUUGUUAAUAUACGGUUUACUUUUUUCAUUAUUCAGCAGAGUAUUUG